AUGCAGAUUUCCACCAUCAUCAUCUCCGCCCUCCUCGCCGUGCCGGCUUUGGCUCAAGGCAAUGAGCCAAGUGCCACAACCAGCUCAUUGCCAUUGACACCCUCGGUGGUUAUGAGCUCCUUGUCGUCCGUCUCAUCAGAGAUCGCUGCAUCACUUGCCUCGGUCUCAAAUUCCGUAUCGAAUGUUGCCGCCUCUGCCUCCAACUCAGCCGAGAAUGCCGAACAAUCCAUUGCCAAAAGCUUUAGCUCUGCCAAAUCAGCCUUCUCAGCAACCCUUUCCAGCCUAAGCUCGGAAGCCGCCACCGGCAACACCGGAGCGGUCGCCAGUCUCGCCUCCUUAACGUCGAAUGCCGACAACAUUCUGGGAAGCAUCACUACUGAAGCCGCCUCCGCCUUGAGUGCAGCGACAAGCCAGGCAGGUUCGGUCGCAUCUCGCGCAUCUUCAGCUCUGAGCUCGGCGACUGCGACCGCUGCCUCUGCAACUAGCUCGUCCACCACCAACGCUGCUGCUGUUGUGCCGACCGGCUUCGGCGUGGCUGGCGCUGCUUUGUUGGGUCUGGCUGCCUUUUUGUAA